CUGCUAGCAUUCUACUUGCAAGGAAAAACGCUUAGAUCACAAAAUGUUAAAAUAUUUAUGUGCAUUGUUAUUACUGUGUAUAUAAUUCUUUACGUAAAAGUCUUAUGCGUGGUCAGAGCUUACAACGCAAGGUUGCCGUGAGCUGGGUUUCAUCAAGAAUCAGUUAAUGUGUUCCAGUUGUGAGAAAUUGGAUGAUUUUGGUUUAGAAACUUUAAAAGCUCAUUGUCGGGAGUGUUGUACUCUCGACCAAUUGCCUGCUGCUCACCGUCGCUACCCUAUGGCCAUAUUAGAAGUUUGCACUUGCAAAUUUCGUGCAUAUCCUCAGAUACAGGCAUUCAUCAAAAGCGGUCGUCCAGCGAAAUUUCGCAAUCUUACUAUUCGAUAUGUACGUGGCUUGGAUCCUAUCAUAAAAUUGUUGGAUUCGAAUGGUAAUGUAAAAGAAACCUUAUCUAUAACUAAAUGGAAUACCGAUACCGUGGAGGAAUUCUUUGAAACACACUUAGAGAAACAUGAAUCACUUGGGAAUAAGCAAUCGUUUAGUGUAAUUGAAGAAGAAGACGAUGACGACGAUUUUCUAAAAUCAAAUUUGGUUUGAAAACGCCUAUGCACAUAGAAGUGAUUUUAGUGUCUUAAAAUAAAUAUAUUAUAUAUUUGUUUAUACAAUUUCAUCUAUAACGAUAAGUGUUUUAGGUUAAAAUCAAAUUUAUUACAAAAUUAAAAAGCGAUUUAAAUAUGAUUGUGCAUUAAUUUUGUUCAUUUGAGAUUAAAACAAAUUAAUAUUGAACAAAAAAUAAUCGAUUUUU